UAUAUCAAAAAUCUACAAAAUUAAACAUAAUCUAAAAUAUUUAUUUUGAUUAAUAGUCAUAGUAGAAAUAUUUUACGGCUACAAUUGCACAUAUAAAUACGCGCACGGAUUCACCAACCCAUCAACGAAUUCAUUAAUUGUAAGCAAGAAAAAGUGUUCUUAGAAAAACCAAACUACACAACCCUCAAAUCCCUCACCCCAAAUCCAUUCACAAACUCAAUCACUAAAAUCUAGAGAUUAUAAACUUUCAAGUCGAAGAUUUAGAGGUAGAAACCCCCAAAAUCCCUAUCAACCAGUUCCCAGACCGAUUCAAUUUUGAUGUAUCAUCAAGACACCGACUGGGCAAUCGACGCCGCGGCGGCGGUAGCGGCGGAGUCUACAUGGUCACGAUACGAAGAUAAGUUGUUUGAGGACGCGUUGGUGAUGUUCCCAGACGAUGUAAUCGGACGGUGGCAGAAGAUCGCCGAUGCGGUGCCGGGUAAGACGGCGGAACAGGUCAGAGCUCAUUACGAGGUGUUGGUACAUGAUUUGCUUCAGAUUGAUUCCGGUCAAGUGGAGUUACCAAGUUACGCCGAUGAUGGCGACGAGUCGUUUCUGAGUUGGGACCCCGAGUUGCGCGCGAGUCAGAUCUCGUUUGGAAUGACAAAAGGAUCUAAACAUGGAGACGGUGAAAGAAAGAAAGGGACACCAUGGACCGAAGAAGAACACAGAUUAUUCCUGAUCGGACUGCAACGGUACGGAAAGGGCGACUGGCGGAGCAUUUCAAGAAACGUUGUCGUUUCACGGACGCCAACACAAGUCGCUAGUCACGCUCAGAAGUAUUUUCUCCGGCAGAAUUCGAUGAAGAAAGAAAGGAAAAGAUCAAGCAUCCAUGACAUCACCACCACCACAGACACCAUCUCGGUGCCGCCACCGCCACCACCAUCGACGAACUUCCAAGGAGGAGCAACACCGCAAUUGGGGUAUGAACGUCAACAAAACUUUGGCUACCCUAUGUAAAAUUAAAGCUUAAACAUCCGUACAAAUUACAAAACUAGCCAUACAUAUAAUAGGACAAAUUUACCCUCCCAUUUUAACAUUCCAAUAUAAAUUUGUAAAGUUUUAGUUUUUUUGAGAGUUUGAGACAAAAGAGAUUUAGAUAUAUUAGAGUAUUUAGGGUGUUUGGAUGUGAAUUCUAGUGUGAUUAAUGUAGUUUUAAAACUCGGAAUCAAACAAUUAUUUUAUUAAUUGUUAUGAUUAGUUUGAUAAGUUUAUAUUUAUAGUACGGAGUUGAAUGGAAUAUAUUAUGGGGAUUGAGUAUUUAAUCUUUUAAUUUAAGUUUUCAAGUUUUAUAAAAAUUGUGAAUACCAAGACAAUAGAGACAUUGGAGAUAGAAUGAUGUUGAUGGCAAAAAUUGGAGAUUUUGACUAUUGGAUAAGUCAUUGACUUGUGAAAAUGAAAUAUUUUUUUGGCUCAUUCUACCAUAUUCGGCUGUUCGCAAUCAAAAUCUAUUUUUCUUCCCUUGCAAGUACUUCAAGAUUUGGUAGUUGUUCAUUUUCAUGUGUUUGGUUGUUGGAUUAAUAACAUUUUACUUGGGGUGUAUUUUGUUUAAUGUCGUUUUCAAUAUUUGUAGUCAUCUUUUGUAUAUUACGAC